GGUUUUCUAACAGAUGGCGUAACUUGAUUUUUAUUCCAGUGAUUCACCUUUCCAAAUAUGUGUUGGAAAGCUACUGUCAUAUUGUUUCAGAAUCAGUAUGUGUCAUUUAGCUGAAACGUAAACAACAAUACUUUUUUUUACUCUGAAAAUGUCGAAUUUUGUGCCGAAUAAAGUGUUUUUGCGAGGAGUACGUCUUCAUUACUUCAAUAUGAAGAAAAAGGCUGCCGAAAGUCAUCGUAUUUUGGUGGAAGUGUAUGGCGUGCAUGCUCUAGCUGAGCGUAAGUGCCAGAAGUGGUUUGCACGAUUUAAAAGUGGCAAUUUUGACUUGGAGGACGAUGAACAGCCCGGACAGCCAAAAAAGUUUGAAAAUCACGAAUUGGAGACAUUGCUCGACCAAGAUCUAUCUCAAACGCAAGAAGAACUUGCAAAAUCACUUAGCAUCGUUCAACAAACCAUUUCCGAUCGUCUAAAAGCAAUGGGAAUGAUCCGGAAGGUAGGCCAUUGGGUGCAGUAUGAAUUGAAGCCAAGAACGCCGAUUUUUCACGUGUGA